UUGCAAUUGCAAAAAACGUAAGAUGGCUCGAAGAAAGUCUUGUUGUUAGAUCGAAAGGAGUGCCACUUGUUUUAUGACAAGUAGAGAAAAAUAUAUAUAUUUUUGACUAGUAUUAAAUAUAGAUUUAAUCAUGUCGUACUUAAAUCAAGCCGAUUACGUUCGUUACGUAUGUAAUUGCGGCUCUCUGAAACCUAUUUCGAAGAUUUAUUUCUGUAGGCAUUGCUUGAAAAUUCGUUGCGGUUAUUGUGUCUGUCAAGAGGUCGACUCUCAUUAUUGCACUAAUUGCAUGGAAAUUGUGCCGCCGACAGAAGUUCGUUUAAAGAAAAAUAGAUGUUCCAACUGUUUUGAAUGCCCCUGUUGCCUUCAAACAUUGUGCACACGAGCUGGUCAUGUACCUUUGAGGGUAGCAGUGACCGAAGGUGAAGAAUCCAAAGAUGUCAAAACGACACCAAAGAAAGUUUACUAUCUAUCUUGUUCGAUGUGUAGAUGGACGUCCAGAGAUGCUGGAAUCCCAGAUCAGUCUGUAGCUACUGGAGGUUGGCCUGAACAAGAGAAUCCUCACAUGAGUAGAAUCAAUGCUUUGAUCGAUUAUCAUAAGAUAUUAGCUUCUAUAGAGAAACAGCAAUGUGAGACGAAGAAAUUUCGACCCAAACGGCCUUUCAUGCAGACUACUAUGUUCAGAAUAACGUCUUCUAUGAUUCGUAAGCACAUUGGACACCCUACGAUACCUGCUGCUCCGUCAACUGAUCAACCUCCACCGGCUGUUGCCAGUGCGGAUGUCGAGGAGUUGCCAGCAGAUAUUUUUACAAAACCAGUAGAUAUAAACAAAAUUACUACGUUGGAACAGCGACUGCAACAUCUGGACGUGCAGGCAGAGAACGUACACGAGUUACGACCGCAGCGUAGACAAUUUUUAGUUAAAAGAUCGCAACGAUGCCGCGUUUGCGAGCAUAGUCUCAGUAAGCCGGACCUCUGUUCGCAGUCUGUGAAGUUUAAGAUACAACUUGCUGCGUUUUAUUAUAUACCAGAAGUGAGAAUCGUUACUUGUGAACCACUUCGUCCAGGAAAGUCGAGCGAGUUGCUUUUAAAGUUUUGCAAUCCGACUCAAUAUCAAACUCAAAUAACGUUACUGUCAUUGGACAGCCCAAUGACGCCUGUAACCGUUACUGACGAAAAGGAUGAGUUAAAACAAGAAAAUCUUGAACAAGAGUCUGAAUCGCCAAACUUAUUACCUUCUAUUGUACGACAAGUGCCUGUAGCGGAGGAAACGAAACCCAUAAACGUUCAUGCAAAUGCAGAUUUGACUUUGCCUCAGAAUUCUUUUAUUCUCCCACUUAGGGACGAUAUCGCCGAGUACGACGAUACCGGUGAUACGCAUAAUUUUCAAGAUGAUCCUAAGCUCAUGGUCUGGCGAAAGGAUAACAAAGCCGUAAUAAGACUUCACGUGACUCCAGAUGAAAAUAUAGAAGAGAAUGAACCUGUUAUAAUUGGGUUUGUUAUGCAAUAUGGAUAUGUAAAUACUAUUACAACGUUAGAUCAUAAAGCGCUUCAAAAGGUGGAUCUUAAAGUUAAACUUUAUCUUACUGUGGGAAAUAUCGUUGGAAGCGCUUAAUGGUCACUACUACGCCACCGAAUAUUAAUAUUUACAUUAUAGAAUUAUAAUUACUAAUACAAAUUCUUAUACUGCGCUUAUAA